AUUUUUGUUUAAAUGUGAAAGGGCCCAGACAUUGAAAUCUGGCUAAAUGCAAAUUUCUCUCCGUGUGCUCCUCUUUCCUCUCCACAGCCAGUCUCUCUCUAAUUCUCUCUCAGAUUAUACUAAAACUUCUAUGCUCUGCUCUCACUAUCUCUUUCAGUCACUCACUUACCCACUCCACUGCACCUCCUCUUUCAUUUGAUUUUCGCAAUAUGUUCAUUCUUUUGUCCGGGUGAAAGAGGUUAAAUUAGGGUUUCUAUACUUUCUUGGGCUUCUUUGAGUUAUUGUCUGCGGAUUUUGGACGGGCAUGGUAGGCUCUGAGGACUCUGGUACUUCAGGGGCCGCGGUGCAGCUCUCUGGCAAUCGGAAAUUGUUCUGGCGCUCGGCCUCGUGGUCUGCAUCACGUUCCUCCCUUCACCAUCCGGAAGAGAACAGAGAAGGUGGAGACUCCAAUGGGAAUCUUGGUGAUAGCAGUGGACCAAGCCGAAUUUUCCCUGCCCCAUUAACUCCAAGGUCGCAGCAGCAUUGCAAAGCGAGGUCGUGUUUGCCUCCUUUACAACCUUUGUCCAUAGCUCGGCGAAGCUUAGAUGAAUGGCCGAAGGCGGGAUCGGAUGACAUUGGUGAGUGGCCGCAGCCUCCUACACCAAGUGGCCGAGGAAAUUGCGAGAGGUUGAAACUUGAUUUGUCGACAAUUCAGAGAAACCCGGAUAAGAAUUGUGGGCUGGUGAAGAGGGAUAAGAUUGCUUUCUUUGACAAAGAGUGUUCAAAGGUGGCUGAACAUGUAUAUCUUGGUGGUGAUGCGGUUGCUCGAGAUAGGGAUAUACUUAAACAGAAUGGAAUUACUCAUGUGUUGAAUUGUGUAGGUUUCGUUUGCCCUGAGUACUUCAAAGAUGAUUUCGUGUACAGAACUUUGUGGUUGCAGGAUAGCCCUUCUGAGGAUAUUACCAGUAUACUUUAUGAUGUUUUUGACUACUUUGAAGAUGUUAGAGAACAAAAUGGAAGGGUUUUUGUUCAUUGUUGCCAGGGAGUAUCACGGUCGACGUCGUUGGUGAUUGCCUAUCUGAUGUGGAGAGAAGGGCAGAGUUUUGAUGAUGCAUUUCAAUAUGUAAAGGCUGCAAGAGGUAUUGCUGACCCCAAUAUGGGUUUUGCUUGCCAGUUAUUACAAUGCCAAAAGAGGGUCCAUGCUUUCCCUCUUAGCCCAAGUUCACUGUUGAGGAUGUACAGAGUUGCUCCACACUCGCCAUAUGAUCCUUUGCAUUUGGUCCCCAAAAUGUUAAAUGAUCCUUCUACCUCAUCUCUGGAUUCUAGAGGUGCAUUUAUCAUUCAUGUACCCUCUGCCAUAUUUGUUUGGAUUGGUAAGAACUGUGAAGCAAUCAUGGAAAGAGAUGCGAGGGGAGCUGUUGUGCAAAUCGUUCGAUAUGAGAAGGUGCAAGGGCCUAUUUAUGUAAUUAAAGAAGGGGAAGAACCAGCCAACUUUUGGGACUCUUUUGCAAACCUGUUACCGUUAAUGGAUAAAUCUAACAGUAAAAUUAAUCUUGGGGAAUUAAGAGAUAAGCCUUAUCCAGGGGAGAGGAGAGUUGAUUCCUAUGAUUUAGAUUUUGAAAUUUUCCAGAAGGCUAUUACUGGUGGUUUCGUUCCUCCAUUUCCUUCAUCUGAGAAUGAGCAUGAAACCCAUCUUCCUGUCAGAGAAAGCAGUUGGAGUAUGCUUAGGCGUAAGUUUGCCUCUGGAAAUAUGAGAGAGUUUGUAUCAGCUCCCCGGAUAUCGCUCUCUAGGGUCUAUUCCGACUCGUUGAUGAUGGUGCAUUUUUCUGCAAAACCUUCAUCGCCUUCAGUAAUUUCUUUGUCUUCGUCAUCUUCUUCGCCUAUCCAUCUUUCGCCAGACUCCCUUUCUUCUGAUUCAAGUUCAAGUUCAAGUUCAAGUACCAAGUAUUUUUCAGAAUCCUCUUUAGAUUCUCCUUCUGCUUCUUCACCUACAGUUCAAGUUUCUUCAACUCUAUCUAGUUUUUCUAACAUGCAUCUUAUCUCAUCCAAUAGUUCCUUAGAAUCGAUGCCCAAUGGUCCAGAAACUCGUGAUGCAGUCCCUUUGGAAUCAAGUUCUCGGUCAUUCUCAUUCCCAUCCAAAAAGUUCUCACCUUCUCUUGCAGAACGCCGAGGUAGUGCAAAAUCUCUGACAUUGCCUACAAUGCCUUGUAAAAUCAGAGCAACAAAUAGUGCCUCAAGGUUUCUUGCCACUCAAGAAGAUGGUAAGAGGAAAAACAAGAUUUCUUGCUCUCUUAAUGCAUCAUUUAAUAUGAAAAAGGGCUCAGAGCCUAUGGAUAAUGUUGAAGAUGAACAAACAAGUUCCACUGAGAAUUUCAAGAAUAUCGAAAAUGGAAUGGAUGUACGGGUAGGUUGCGUGGCCAUGAGCCAGGACGAAACUGAAGUUGCUGGACAAUCGGCUGGUUCAUGGAAAAGCUAUCCAAAACAUUUUGAAGAAGGCAUGGUAUCCACUGUGUCAAAUGGGAAGCAAGAUGGUGAGUUUGUCCAACCAAUGGUAUACUGUUGGCCGGAGUUAGCAAAGAUUGCAGCUUUUGACACAAGUUACCUCCAUUCUAAAGCUGCUGUAGUGAUUUUCUCUCCAAGUAGGUAUUUAGGCAAGAAGGAUGACAUGAUGCUGUAUGUUUGGGUAGGAAAUUCUUUUGACCAUGAUUUAUCUCCGAUUCAAGUAAAGAGGGACAAAGACUUGGUUGAUCUAGAAAAGAUAGACUGGGUUAAAGUUGGCCAAUAUGUGCUUACUGAAAUAGGUCUGCCAGAAAAUACAGAAAUUAAGAUCGUUAAAGAAGGCGAAGAAACAGAGGAAUUUCUUGCACGAUUGAGUCUUUUGUAGCCCCGCUGCUAAGAUGCAUUCCCUUGAUUUGGUAACGAAGAUUAUUUGUUUGUCGAGCUGGCUUAGCAAGCCAUGCAACUUAGUCAUUUAACGAAAGAAAACGAGUGAGUACAACAGGGGCGAAAAAAGAAAUAAUGAAGGGUUGCAUGCAUCAUCAUACCUAUCUCCCCAUCCAUAUUCAGAAUCUCUGUAAUCGAAGCGUCAAACAAAGAACCAAUGAGAACAGUAUAUUUAGUUCAGGAAUGGAAGAGGGGAUCCUUUAAAACUUGAGAAAUUCGAAACAGAAACCAAGUAUCAAACCAAAGCAGCCCCAUGGUUGGUUCCCUUGGAAGUCUCUACCGCAGCAAGUGGAGGCCUUGAACAUUACAUAUUAUAACCAAAAGCAGUUAAAGGCCGACCUCCCAACGCCCAUUACUCAAUCCCAGAUCGUAAGACUCUUGCAAAACUAUCCUUCUUCAGGACCAAAGACCUAUUAUACAUGUUCUAAUAGUACUUACUGUCGUUAUAGUUUUAGUGCUACAUAUAAUAUUCGAUGUCCCAAAUGCCACUGUAAGAUGGCUAGCCCUGCAUCAUAUGUGUACGAACCUAAUGAGGCACGACCCAUUGUGGGAGAUUUUUUGAAAGGGGAUACUGUUACGUACAUUGUGAUGGAUGAUCUUACUGUUACACCAUGUUUGAUGAGCUAAAUUUGGAGAAUGUUAGGCAGCUUGGCGAGGAGGUUACGAUAUGGACGUGAAUGACUGCUUGAAUCUGCCAAGGACUUCUCUACAAUCAACCUCCGUCCUGAGCGACUUGUUUUUUUCCAGGAUCAACUUUCCACAAUCCUCUGUGAAUUAGUAAGGAAGGGAGAUGAACGGUCUAAUGGGAAAUAACUUCUUAUGAUAUUUGGAGCAACUUUGGAGGACGAAUUCAAAAGCAUAGUGAAAUAACUAUCGGUUCAGUUAGAACUUGUAUGUUGUAUGAUGACACGUGUCCCGUGGUUUGAAAGGUUAUGAAAUAAUAUGUUUACGAUAUGAUAUGCCUGACGACAUGUAAGUGAUAUGAUAUGUGUGAGUAACAUGAUAUAA